AUGCUUACAAUGUAAGAAGAAAAACGUUAUACUUAUGUUUAAAAGAAAAAAUUUGAGAAUAAUGAAAGGUUUCAUUGUGGUAAGCCUAUUAAAGAAAAAAAAUAGUAGAAUUAAUUUAGUUUAAACUCCAAUAUUGACGAGAAUAAUGAAGGAUAUGGCACUAGUUUGUUUAAUCAUCAACAUCUAUAAAAUUUAAUAGUAGAAGAGUUUUCUACAUAAGGAAUUUAUUCAUCAACUAGAAGCAAUAGGAACCAUAAUUCUUCCGAAAAAUCAAGUAGAAGAUGUUAAAAUUUAGACAAUGCGAAUAGAGGGCCGCCCUAAUUAAAUAAUAAAAGUGAUGAAGAACAAUAACAAAAAGAAAACAUAUAAAUGUUUAAUGACUUUACUUAAUUGUUCAAUUUCUUAAAGUCUGUGAAAAAUGAAAAUUAAGUCUGCUAAUGGUCAAAGAAUGAUGUAAAUAAUGAUUCAGACAAUUAUUUAAAUUAUUUAAUAUUAGCAUCUAGAAAGGAUAGUGACAAUUUCAUCAAUAUUUAAAUGAACGUGGUAGUGAAUUAAUAUUUCAUACUUCGGAUAGAAGACCCAACAUUUAUUGUUAAUAAUCUAUGCUUAAAUUCAAAUCAUUAUUUGAAAAUAGGAUCUUUCAGCUAUUUAAGAUAAACAAACUAGAUUAUUUAUGAAAUUAAAGAAUUGUAACUCAAAAAUGAACAACAAAUUACAAGCAUUAUUGAAAAUGCAGACAAAAAUUUUCAAAUAAUAAUUAAGAAAUUAAUCCUUUUCUUCAAAUUCAAGAUUUCAAAUUUUUCAGACACAACUGACCCUAGGUAUAUUCCAAGUCAAUAUCAAGAAGUGAAUUUAAAUUUAAAUUUGAAUAUAAAAAAUAAAUCUCAAUCUGCCAAUGAAACUGAGCUGUCAAAGAUCGAUAAAAAUACUCCAUAAUUUUCAGAUGAGUUAUAACCAAAGGAAUAAAAAUAAUUGAAUAAUACCUAUGAGUUUAUCAAUAAUAAUAUUCGAAAUUAAGAAUAACAAGAAACGACUAUCUAGUCUAAAUAAUCUAUGACCAAUUAGAAAAGGUUAAAUCAGAUAACUAAAUUAAAUUAUGAAAUUCCUACAUUAAAUGACACUGAUUUGAUAGAUUAAGGCGGAUUCCAUAAGAUUUAUAGAACAAGUAUAAAUAUUGGUCCAUAAAAAAUAUUAAGUUUGGUUGUAAAGAAAGACGGUAAUAAAAUAAAAUUAAGAAAGGAAAUCGAAUUUAUAAAUAAAUGUUUUUAAAAUAGUUAUUCAAAAUAUAUAGCAUAGAUUUAUUUAAUAGAUAAAAAAUAUGAUUAAUAUUUAUUAAAGUAUUAUCAUUUCAAAAGUUUAAGAGAGUAUUUACAAAAAUAUAAAAAUGUCAUGUCAUUAAAAAGAAAAAUUAAAAUAUUAUUAUAAAUAGUAAAGGGUAUUUAACAUUUGCAUAAAAAGAAUAUUUUACAUUUAGACAUAAAGCCUGAUAAUGUUUUGAUAAGUAAAAAAGGUAAUGUUAAAAUUUGUGAUUUUGGAGAAGCUUAUCAUCCUGAAUAUCCAUUUUAAAAAGAUGGUGUUAAAUUCUCGGUGCCCUUUACCGCACCAGAAGUUAUAAAAAAUAGUGAAGUAUCAGAUAAAGCAGAUGUGUUUUCUUUUGGUGUAUUGGCUUACGAAUUAUUAUUUGUAUAAUUACCAAUAGUAUAAAUUCUUAUAAACAAACAGGCUUUUAUGUUUAAGAAAGAUUACCUAACUUAUUUUAAAGAAUCCAGCUUUAAUUUAGAAAAUUCUUAAAAAAGUAAUGUCGACGAUGGGCCUCGAACUAUUAUUCAGGAUCUGCAAGCUAUAAUUUUAAAAUGCCUAAGUCCAGAUAAAGAUUAAAGGCUUGAUAUCAGUGCAAUAUAUGAACUAGUAAAAAAUCAAUAGGUCUAAUUUAUGAACUAAAAGAUUUGA